AUGUUGGGAGGAUACAAACAGCCUGAGAAUGGCAUAAGUGGGACUUGCAUCAUGCAGCAGCCUGAGGCCCCACUCUUCACGUCUUUCGCAGCAUCACCACCAGCACCCAUCAUCCCUUGUACAGGGUCUAUGGCCUCCUCUCCCAUUCACAUUUCAACCAUGUUCGAUCGUAAUCACCCUAGCAACCUUCACUUCCCAGGAAGCCGCGACAGGGUGAAGAACUUGUUAUGGACGAUAAAGCAGCACAGGAUAGUGAAGGAUGGGGGCAUGGUGAUGAGGGACAUAGAUGAGCUGAAGGAGAAGUUGUCUACUUUCUAUCCUGGGGGCAUCAAAAUGGUGGAUACUUUUCUAGUAGUUCCGAUGUUGAUCAUUCCAGGGGCCUUGGAUAUUCGUAACUCAGAUGGCAGCCUGAUGGCCCUUAUCUGCACCACCUUUGAUGGCCUGGACAUUUUCAAGGAUCAGACUGCUAUGUCUGUUUCUGAAGAAAGUCAAGAUCCAGAGAUCAAUUUGCAAGCAGAGGCGAAUGAGCCUUUUAGAUGCACACACUUCAGUCACUGGAAUCACUAUGGACUGAUGAGUCAUACUGUGCCACAGGGUGUCCAUCCUCAUGACCUAGAGGCUGCUAGAGGGAGAAGAACUAACCUUAGACAGACUUUACCUUACACGUCCAAAGAGACAUUUACUCAACAGCAGCUGUACCUGAACAUCCAGGCUAAUUUGGCUGAAAUAUUUGAAUGGAUCAAAGAAGAGAUCUCAUGUCACCUUCCCGAUGAGUACAAGGUUCUGGUCAAGCUGGUAGACAUUCUGCCUAAUGCUGAGGGAUCUCCAUGGCACAUAGGGAUGCCAAGGACUUUGAACUAUGCCUAG